AUGUUAACACUACCGUUUGAUGAGUCUGUUGUAAUGCCAGAAUCCCAGAUGUGCAGAAAGUUUUCUAGAGAAUGCGAGGACCAGAAGCAAAUUAAGAAACCAGAAAGCUUUUCCAAACAGAUUGUCCUUCGAGGAAAGAGCAUCAAAAGGGCCCCUGGAGAAGAGACUGAGAAAGAAGAAGAGGAGGAAGACAGGGAAGAGGAAGAUGAAAACGGGUUGCCCAGAAGGAGGGGUCUUAGGAAAAAAAAGACGACCAAGCUCCGACUGGAGAGGGUCAAGUUCAGGAGACAGGAAGCUAACGCGCGGGAGAGGAACAGGAUGCAUGGCCUCAAUGACGCCCUGGACAAUUUGAGAAAAGUGGUCCCCUGCUAUUCUAAAACCCAAAAACUGUCCAAAAUAGAAACUUUACGACUGGCCAAAAACUACAUCUGGGCACUUUCUGAAAUUCUGAGAAUCGGCAAGAGACCUGAUCUGCUCACGUUCGUCCAAAACUUAUGCAAAGGUCUUUCCCAGCCAACUACAAACUUGGUGGCAGGCUGCUUGCAGCUCAAUGCCAGGAGUUUCCUGGUGGGUCAGGGCGGGGAGGCUGCACACCACACAAGGUCACCCUACUCUACCUUCUACCCACCCUACCACAGCCCUGAGCUCACCACUCCCCCAGGGCAUGGAACUCUUGAUAAUUCCAAGUCUAUGAAACCCUACAAUUAUUGCAGUGCGUAUGAAUCCUUCUAUGAAAGCACUUCCCCUGAGUGUGCCAGCCCUCAGUUUGAAGGUCCCUUAAGUCCUCCCCCAAUUAACUAUAAUGGGAUAUUUUCCCUGAAGCAAGAAGAAACCUUGGACUAUGGCAAAAAUUACAAUUAUGGCAUGCAUUACUGCGCAGUGCCGCCCAGGGGUCCCCUUGGGCAGGGUGCCAUGUUCAGGUUGCCCACCGACAGCCACUUCCCUUACGACUUACAUCUGCGCAGCCAGUCUCUCACCAUGCAAGAUGAAUUAAAUGCAGUUUUUCAUAAUUAA